GAUAGAGCAGCCACGUGAGAAAGCACGAGACACGGACCAUCGUUAAAGGCGGGGCAAAGGGCGGAAGCGCCAAAGUCAUAUGAUCGAUUCAUGAUAGCUUGCCGUUCUCUACUCGUUCGUCGCAAAGAUGGCUAGCCAGACGCAGGGUAUUCAGCAGCUUCUGGCAGCUGAGAAACGCGCUGCGGAGAAAGUUUCGGAUGCCAGGAAACGCAAAGCCCGUCGCCUAAAGCAGGCUAAAGAGGAAGCUCAGGAUGAAAUUGAGAAAUAUCGACAGGAACGAGAAAGACAGUUCCGUGAAUUUGAAGCCAAGCACAUGGGCUCAAAAGAGGAUGUAGCUGCACGCAUUGAGGCAGAUACACGAGUUAAGAUAGAAGAAAUGAAUCAGACAGUUGCUACGCACAAAAAUACAGUCAUGCUUAAAAUCUUGGACUUAGUAUAUGAUAUCAAGCCGGCACUGCACAACAAUUAUCACAUUGAGGUCUAAGUCACAAGAGUUGCAACUAAGAACUAUAAAUAUGAUAUAUCUUACAUUAUAAAUGUACAUUAAAUAUUAUUGUUCUCUUAUACCAUAUCUUAACAUGUAUUUAUCGUCGUUAUAUCGUAUGACAUGUUAUAUUUUAUUGAAAAAACUGUGUACAAUAUAGUUGUAGCAGCGAUACUCAAACUACUACUAGAAUCUUAGUUUCGCAGUUGCUACACGACAAUAAAUGUAACUGUAUUGUUAUUAAUGCUAGAGCUUUUCACCGGCACGUAUUUGGACAGUUUGAGAAUUGCUGUAAAUGUAGUUGCAUUGUAACAAAAGAUAAAAAAAAAAACGAAAAUAACGUGAAUGUAUUGAAUAAUGUAUAAUCGAUCCGAUGUGUCAAGGCCUAGACACAUUGGAAAGAUGUACAUUUAUUAAGAUAUAACUAAAGUGAUAUAGGGUGAUGGUAACGAAUUGUAUGUCGUUAAAUGUAUGUCAUUAGAUGUCAUUCCAUGAAUCUGUCGCAUCGAGGACGUAAACCAAAUUUUCUACAGCCUCUCGCGGUUCAUAGACACGCUCCCAGUCGACAGUGAACCACGCGACGAUGUAGUAACAUUUAAAUUUCUUUUAUCUUUAAUCAGGACCUUUCAAAGCCUGUUGAGAUCUUGUGAAGUGAGUAGCAUUGCCUCACAUGUAUUUCCUGUCUCUGUAAGCUGGUUAAUUGUCUGUACAGUAUUAGUGUUCAAAAUACAAAAAGAACAAAACCCAAAA